AUGGAUUUCUUGGAAACCACAGAAGCCCAGAUUCUUGGUAUUGCUGUGGCAGUUGUUGCUGUUGGUGCUGCUGCUUUUUACUUGUUCUCCUCCAAGAAAUCUAAAGUCUGUUUAGAUCCCGAGAACUGGAAAAAAUUCAAACUUGUGAAGCGUGAUCAGCUUAGCCACAAUGUCGCAAAGUUCAGAUUUGAACUUCCAACACCCACUUCUGUAUUGGGGCUUCCCAUUGGACAACAUAUCAGCUGCAAGGGAACAGAUAGUCAAGGUGAAGAGGUCAUUAAGCCAUAUACUCCCACAACCUUGGAUUCUGAUGUUGGAUAUUUUGAACUAGUUAUAAAGAUGUAUCCUCAAGGACGGAUGUCUCACCAUUUCAGGGAAAUGCGCGUCGGUGAUUAUAUGGCUGUUAAAGGGCCUAAGGGUCGAUUUAGAUAUCAACCUGGACAAGUUAGAGCUUUUGGGAUGCUUGGUGGUGGCUCUGGCAUUACGCCGAUGUUUCAGGUUGCUAGAGCUAUCUUAGAGAACCCAAAUGACAAAACAGAGGUGUAUCUUAUAUAUGCUAAUGUUACAUAUGAGGAUAUCCUCUUGAAGGAAGAGUUGGAUGGUCUGGCUGCUAACUAUCCAGCUCGGUUUAAAGUCUACUAUGUGCUGAAUCAGCCUCCUGAAUCAUGGAAUGGUGGCGUCGGCUUUGUCUCAAAGGAAAUGAUUCAAGAACAUUGUCCUGCACCAGCAUCUGACAUUAAGAUACUGAGAUGUGGACCUCCACCUAUGAACAAGGCCAUGGCUGCUCAUCUUGAAGCUCUUGGAUAUACUCCUGAAAUGCAGUUCCAGUUUUAA